UGUGAGGAAAGCAGCCGUUAACGUACUGUUGGUCUGACUACUGCCGAGAUGAGCGGCCAGGAUGGCGUCGAGAGGAAGCGUCUCGCCCAAACCCGCAGCCUCACGGCUCCCCACCGUGCCUCAGGAGACGCGGACCCGCACCUGUGCCCCAAGCUCGGUGAGGAAACCGAGGCGUCACUAGUGACGGCGGAGACGGGUGAGCAGAGCUUGGAGGCCGCCGCCCUCCCACCGCCCCGGCUUCCAGAGGAGGGGGGAGCGCCCCAGGACCCCGCGGGCUGUGGCCGUGCUCCCCAGAUCCGAGGCGGUGGGGAUCGCAGUUGCGUAGCGACCAAAGCGGGGCAAGAAGAGACUGCACCUCCCACGGACGGCCUGGAAGCGGCGUCUGCGUCCGUGGCGACGGACAGCAGCCUGGAAAAUGGCUGUCAGCGUGCAGAGCCGCGCGGCCUCGGCGACGAGAAGGCCCUAGAAGCCUGUGGCGCAGAGAGGUCCGGGUCUGAGGUGAUGGCGGAGGCGAGGGCCGAGGAAGCGAAGACCGAAAAGUGCCCCGUCUUCUCGGGAGCAGGGGAUGAGGAGGUGGUGCAGAAGGAAGGAGCGAAGGAGGAGAAAGGAGCGAAGGAGGAGGACGGAGGGAGGCAGGCGAUGGAGGUGGAGGAGAGGCCAGUAGGUGGAGAAACAGAAAUGGUGGAGGGACAUAGAGCGGUGGAGGAGGUGCGGGAGGAGGCAGGGCCCCAGCCCCUGGGCGUGGAUCUCCGCAUGAACGCGCUGGGGGCCAUCCAGCUGGAACUGGGCGCAGUGAAGGCUCGGGCUGACAGGGCCUUUCAGCAGCUGGAGCAAAGAUUUGGACGGAUGCGUCGACACUACGUGGCGCGGAGGGACUACAUCAUUCAGAAUAUCCCGGGCUUCUGGUUCACUGCCUUUCGGAACCACCCCGAGUUGUCCCCCCUGAUUAGGGGCCAGGAUGCAGCGAUGUUAAGAUACCUAACCAAUUUGGAGGUGAAGGAGCUCAGACCCCCUGGAACUGGGUGGGAGUUCAAGUUCUUCUUUCGAAGAAACCCCUACUUCCUAAACAAGGUGAUUGUCAAGGAAUGUGAGGUCAGACCGUCUGGCGGGGUGGUGUCUCUUUCCACUCCAAUCAUAUGGCACCAGGGCCGUGAACCCCCGUGCUUCUAUGGCAGGAACCCAGAUAUCGUCUGCAGUUUCUUCACCUGGUUUUCAGACCACAGCCUUCCAGAGUCUGACAGGAUUGCUGAGAUUAUCAAAGAGGACCUGUGGCCAAAUCCACUGCAAUACUACCUGUUGGUUGAAGGCGCCCGUAGAGCCAGACAUCGCCCAAUAAGGGAGCCAGUGGAGAUGCCCAGGCCAUUUGGGUUCCAGUCUGGUUAAACUUUGCCCUUGGGAAUACUCUUGCAGAAGGUCCCCUACCACCUCUUGCUGGACCUGUGCUUUGACAACAGAAAUGGGGUUGCCUUCUACUUUUUUUUUUUCCCUGACAUUUCUGCAGAUUUUUUCCUCUGGACAUUCAGUUCCUUCAAUCUCAAGGUUGGACUUGCAUAGCCAUGCUCUUCAACUUCCACGUAGCCUUCUUGCUGUUCUCUAUUACUGUCACAUACUGCAUGGCCGUGACUCACACCACUCCUAAGCCAACCAAAUGAUACUGCAGAUUUCACGCCUUUGUCUGCACUGCUUGGACCCUGUUUGUUCUCAGGGAGUCUGGUUUGGCUCUGACUGCGUGGAAUUCCAGCUUUGUCUAGGAGCCCAUUCUACCCACUUUGCUGUGCAGUGAAGGCAUAUAGCCUCUGGACAGUUGUGUGGCAUUAAUGAUACCAAAGGAGAGCAGCAGUGGGUCACAUGGUCUUUGUGAUUUAUGUGACUCUGUUGCUCCUCUUGCACCUGUGGUGACCUCCUGUUGUUGCCUACUACUAACUAUGCCCACCCCUCUUGGCUGCUACCUACUGGAGGAACAUUUUCCAGACCACUGUCAACCCCACUGUCUGGUUUCUGGUAAACAAGCAUUUCCAGAACUGGUGGUGGACCCAGGGUUCCUGCUAGCACACAAAA